GUCGCCUCGCCCGCAGACGCGCUCGCUAAAAAGCUACCAAACCACGGCAGGAAAUUUCCUUUGAGCGUAAUUGGAGCACCUUGGAAUAGAUGUGAGCACAAGACACGGCGCCGGCUGAAGCUGCCCGGGAACACCAUGGCUGCCGCCCCGCAUCUCAACUCGGAUGCGCUCCGAGAGGUCCUGGAGUGCCCCAUUUGCAUGGAGUCCUUCACUGAGGAGCACCUGAGGCCCAAGCUCCUGCACUGCGGGCACACCAUCUGCAAACAGUGCCUGGAGAAGCUCCUGGCAAACAGCAUUAACGGGAUACGGUGCCCGUUCUGCAGCAAGAUCACGCGGAUCACGAGCCUGGCUCAGCUGACUGACAACCUCACUGUGCUCAAGAUCAUCGACACCGCUGGACUGGGGGAAGUGGUGGGGCUCCUCAUGUGCAAGGUCUGCGGGAGAAGGUUGCCGAGGCACUUUUGCAAGAGCUGCAGCUUGGUUUUAUGUGAGCCCUGCAAGGAGGCUUCACACCUGCCCCAAGGGCACAGAGUCAUUGCUAUCAAAGAGGCUGCUGAAGAGCGUAGGAGGGAAUUUGGGACGAGGCUUGCCAGGCUAAGGGAGCUCAUGGGUGAUCUCCAGAAAAGAAAAGCUGCUCUGGAGGGCGUUUCGAGAGACCUGCAAUCCAGGUACAAAGCAGUUCUGCAGGAGUACAGCAAAGAAGAGCGCAAGAUCCAGGAGGAACUGGCCAGGUCACGCAAGUUCUUCACCACCUCUUUGUCUGAAGUGGAGAAGGUAAAUAACCAGGUAAUGGAGGAGCAAGCCUACCUGCUGAACUUAGCAGAAGUGCAGAUAAUGUCCCGCUGUGACUAUUUCCUUGCCAAAAUAAAGCAGGGGGAUAUAGCUCUCCUGGAGGAGGCGGCAGACGAGGAGGAACCAGAACUGACAAACAGUCUCCCAAGGGAGCUGACUCUGCAAGAGGUGGAACUCCUGAAGGUGAGCCACGUGGGACCACUGCAGAUCGGGCAGGUGGUGAAGAAACCUCGGUCUGUUAACGUGGAGGAGUCGCUCCCGGAAACUGCAGCAUCCUCGUCGGUGUCAUUUAGGGAGCCUGACCUGGUGCAGGAAGAGCCCAGCUGCACACCCCAUUCCUCACCAGCCAAGCCAAGGAUUCCUGAAGCAGCCACGAGCAUCCAGCAGUGUCACUUCAUCAAGAAGAUGGGCUCCAAGGGCAGCCUGCCAGGGAUGUUCAACCUCCCCGUCAGCCUGCACGUCACCACGCAAGGCGAGGUGCUCGUGGCAGACCGGGGCAACUUCCGAAUCCAGGUUUUUACCCGCAAGGGCUUUCUGAAGGAAAUCCGCCGGAGCCCCAGCGGGAUCGACAGCUUCGUGCUGAGUUUCCUCGGAGCAGACUUGCCCAAUUUGACUCCCCUUUCUGUCACCAUGAACUGCCACGGCCUGAUCGGGGUGACAGACAGCUAUGAUAACUCUGUCAAGGUGUACACCAUGGACGGGCACUGCGUGGCCUGUCACCGGAGCCAGCUGAGCAAGCCCUGGGGCAUCGCCGCGCUGCCCUCGGGGCAGUUCGUGGUCACCGACGUGGAAGGGGGGAAGCUCUGGUGCUUCACGGUGGACCGUGGCGUGGGGGUGGUGAAGUACAGCUGCUUGUGUAGCGCGGUGCGCCCCAAGUUUGUCACCUGCGACGCCGAAGGGACCAUUUACUUCACUCAGGGGCUGGGGCUCAACCUGGAGAACCGGCAGUACGAGCACCAUCUAGAAGGAGGCUUUUCCAUCGGCUCCGUCGGCCCCGACGGGCAGCUGGGGCGGCAGAUCAGCCACUUCUUCUCGGAGAAUGAGGAUUUCAGGUGCAUUGCUGGGAUGUGUGUCGAUGCCAGGGGAGACCUCAUUGUUGCUGACAGCAGCCGUAAAGAAAUCCUGCAUUUCCCUAAGGGAGGUGGCUAUAACAUCCUGAUCCGGGAAGGACUCACCUGCCCGGUCGGUAUUGCCAUCACUCCCAAAGGGCAGCUCCUGGUGCUGGACUGUUGGGAUCAUUGCAUUAAGAUCUACAGUUACCACCUGAGAAGAUACUCCACCCCUUAAAGGCAUGGCUGUAAGCAAAGCCUCUCCUGGCAGCAGACAUUCUUCCAGCCUCCCUGCAAUCCAGCAGGAACAAGCGUCAAGCCUUCAGGAAGACUCUGCCAUAACCGAAGGGGAUCUGGCAUAGAGGCCAUCAUGUUUUGUGUUUAGAAACAAAAUAGCUGUUGUGGUGGUGGUGGUCUGCUUUUUCUUCUUCCUUUUUUAUAUAAAAUCCAUACGAAAUAGAACGAGCGCAAGGGAAGGGAUCCAUCCCUUGGAGAAUUGGUUCCUUGCUAAGUGACUGGUCACUCCAUAAACCUUCUCACCUCCUUAUGCCACAUCUCCUGCACCCCCAACUUUUAACCAGUGUCUUUCUUUGUGCCAUAAAAGCUGAGUGACUGCUCUAAAUCACCUUCCCUUACAGAACUAGCGAGGCAAUCCUCCUCUCUCUCUGUGGUACUCGCAAGGAACUGGGUAGCAGUUGUCUGGGCAAUUCCUAGAGAGAGCAAUUUGGGAUUGCAUAAAACAAAAUAGCCCUCAUCAACCACGCGGAGAUGGAGCUUCACUCCCACCCUGACAAGGGACAGUUGUCUCUCUCCCAUUUUUCUGGUGUUCAGGAGAUCACCCCGUCGUGCCAUUUGUGAGCUGAGUCUGUUCCAUGUGUAGUGAGUACUGUGCAAUCGUGGGAGACCAAGCUGAGGCAGAAAAUUGCCCUCUUUAUUGCUGAGUAGUAAGAAAAGAGGGGUUUUAUUACUAUUCAGAGUCCUGCUAGGUAGAAGGGGGUAAAAAGGGAGGGGGCUGAAGGAAAAAAAAACCUGAGGGGAAACCUAGGGUUGCUAUUUACUGCUGUUUUAUUAUUAAAUGUAUCCUGGAAACUGUCUUUGGAAGGUGUACCUGGUAUCUAAAAUUUCAUGGGGAGAGGGGAAGGGCUGGGGGAAUGAGACUGGGAGAUUGUAGAAAAUGAGAUUAAAUGCAACACACUGUAUGUUCACCUGCACUUCACUACUCUGCAUUCCAGACCAUUGCAUUUAGCAAUAGGUUUCCACUCAUCUGCACCUCCUAUGAGCAAGUUACUCACUGCUGAGAUAGGGAUGGGGAGGGGGGGACUAUUUCACUUCUAUUUUUUCAUACUUGGAAGCACAUCCAUUGAUGCACUGCCUUUUUUUUCCCUUGCACAGCAAAACACUACAUUCCUCAGAUUUUUUUUUUUUUUUAGAUUUUUUUUUUUUUUAUACAGCACCAGCAGGCACCAGAGUUGCUGUUCAUCACGGCUUUGGGCCAAAUGAAGCACAAAACUGCAGCUGUGUGAACCAAGGCCCCCACAGUGCUGCUCUCCUGGCUGAUAAAUGUGUACCUCAGUGUGGUGCUGCUCGCCCAGAAUAGUUUAUUGAAGGAAAGAUGCAUUUAAAUAGGGCACAGUGGUAGCAUGUUAAUCUGCCACAGAUAAUAGUUACACUGCAGUGCAUUUAUUUGUUGCUAUCAACAACGUAGUUGCAAAUUUGGGGCCACGACAGACAAUAUAAAAGCUGAUUUUAUGGUGGCUGCCGUGCUCCAGCAAAUUGUUUGCUACUUGUCCUACAAUGUUUGCAACAGGUGAAUUUUUUUUUAAGCUCCCAUAUACUCUCCCCUAAUGAAACAGCAAAGUGAAACAGGCUUUCUGAGCUGCUGCUGCUCCAGAUGGGUGUUUGGCAGUUACAGGGUUUGCAGAAGAAGUGCUGGGAGCAGAUUUUGGUGGGAUUUUCGGGUUUUUUUUCCUCUUCCUGUUGUGCUCAGCCAGAGCACUGAAGGGGCCAGCACACAAACACAGCUGUGUGAUGGAGCUGCCCCUCCAAUCAGGGCAACUUCUGAUUCCUCUUGCUAUAAUGCACUGGAAAAAGCUUGUGGAGAAGGGAGCUGAGGCAGGAGGUGGUAAAUGGUGCUGAGGGAGCCCCAGGGACUGAACCCUCCUCCCUUCCUGAGCUGCUCCCUGUGUUUGCCAAGGCUGCCAACUUGCACAUCACUAUUUACACGCUCUGCUUCUCUUUUUUGGGUGGGAAGGGGGCAUGUGACAGCAAUCUGGGGAGCCUUUCCCACCUUGCAUGUGUGUUUUGGGGAGAUGAGGACGAUUACUGGGCCGUGCUGCAGUUAAUGACAUUGUAACUGGAGGCAUUUUUCCAGAAUUAUUGCAAUGGCAGUUCCUCUCCUUCUGAUGUCUUUUAAACAUUUCUCCUGCUUCCAAGAACUGCUCCAAGCAGGAAGCUACCGUGGACCUGAAUAACUGAAGCAAUAUUAUCUGUGAUAAUACGUGCCUCUGUCAUUUUCUGUUCCCAUGGAUAUUUUUUUUUGCAAUAAACAGCACACUGUACUAGCAAUAACAUUUCCUGGAGUGCUUGAAGAGACAUAAAAAGCUGGUCCAGCAAACUGAGCAGUUGGUUACCCCAGCCUGUUCCUGGUUACAAAGUUCAAACAAAACGUCUGUCAUCUGUUUCUCACUCGGAGAAUUAAGGAAAAUAACACUACCCUGUGAUGCAUUGGUGGGCCAGGACACUGCAAUCAGCGCCUGGGGCUGUGUCUCGCCUGCAGCUCUUCUGGUCUGGGCUUUCAGGCAGAAAAGGGAAAAAGGAAACCUGCUGUCCCUGCCCAGGGUCUGCAUGUCCCCUGACAAAACUCUCAACAGUGACUGUGAGAUGAUUUUGCAGAGCUCUGUUUUUUUGCUGUCGUGCCCCCACACAGUGUUGUGAUCGUCUGCCAAACAAGGAGUAAUUAAGGAUUGUGUUGAAAUAGUUGGCUCCUGUACCUGGAGAAAGAGCUUGUCUGGUCAUACGUAUGUGUUUGGUUUUUAAAGAUUGUGUAAUAAAGGAAAAAUUGAUCCAAUUAAAAGUG